AUGGAGGUGGGGUGUGUGUUAGAGAGCUUCAUUCUUAAGUCUAUACAGCAAGAGGAGACUCUUCAUCACAUCUAGUAUGCUCUUAGGAGGUGAUGACCCAUCUUUAGGCGAAUCUUACUCUUCUCAACAAUGACUUGUACAUCGAUCAAUCAGAAAUGAUUUAUUCAACAGAUUUAUAAUCUUUUUAUCAUGAAUUUAGUUAGUAAUUUUAGUAAUGAUGUUCCACAAAUUGUGUUAACGAGAUUUUCACUAAUGAUUGAGUAUGGCUGCUUAAUUCUUCACCAACGACUUGUAGAAAAAUCAUAAUUUAAUCAAAUAAAAAAUAUAAAUUUUGACUUUGAUAGGAUUCGAACCCAUGCUUAUCAUUCAUUUACAUGAGAGAGAGUGAAAUAAGUACUCAAAUAUUCUUAUACAAUAACAUCAUCAUAGUAUAUUGUUGUUAUAAAUAAGGGGUAGUUUAGGUAUUAAAAUUAUCAAAAACAUUCUGAAGAAAAUGUGACCACUAGUUUAGUCCCACAUCAAUUAUACUUUGAAUGUUAUGAUGAAUAUAUAGUAAUAUGAGAUUUGGGAAUCAAUGAGUCAUUUCUUGCAUGUGUAUGAUCACUCCUAGCCCCACACCUAACUAGCCACCAGUGUCAUGGAAGGAGAGUGAUGCACACGUGCCCCCUAUCGGUCCAUCCUUAGUCGCUUGAGCCCCUACAUGUGGCUUCGCCCAACUAUGCUUUUGACCCGCUUGUAG